AAAAUAGUUAUUUACCUUCAGUCAGGUUAUGUUUGUGUUUCUAUUUCGUUUAAAAACAAUAAUAAAUACUUCAACUUACUUACUUAAAUACGCGAAUUGUGGUUAGUCAAGGAGAUAUUGUUCACUAUUAACAAAAUGGCACCAGGAAAAAAGAAGGUACACGGCAAACGUUCUAAUCAUCACGUUAAGCGGGAGUAUGCGGAGAGAUUGAACGACUUGAGGCUGGAAUCAUCAGGAGACAGCAGUAGUGACGGCAGUAAUAGUGACUCAGAUGGUGAAGGUGUGGCUCCUACAUUCCCAGUAAGCAUGUGGGACUUGAAUCAUUGCGAUCCUAAGAAGUGUUCCGGCAGAAAACUAGCACGACACAACCUCAUCAAAAACUUGAAGCUUGGUCAACAGUUUAGAGGGCUUGUGUUGUCACCGGUUGGCAAACAAUGUGUCAGCCCCAACGACAAGGAAAUUAUUGAGAAAUUCGGACUAGCUGUUAUUGAUUGUUCUUGGGCCAAAAUAGAUGAAACUCCGUUUGAUAGAAUGAAGUCACCAAAUCCAAGGUUGUUACCAUUUUUAGUGGCUGCAAACCCUAUAAACUAUGGUAAACCAUAUCAGCUGAGUUGUGUAGAAGCUUUAGCCGCUGCUAUGGUUAUCACAGGACACAGAAAAGAAGCCCAAUUCUAUUUAUCCAAGUUUUCAUGGGGACAUUCGUUCUUAGAACUCAAUUCAGAAGCUUUGGAAUUAUAUGCAGCAUGUACUGACAGUAAAAGUGUGUUAGAAGCACAAAAUACAUAUUUAGAAAAUGUAAAAAAUGAAAAAGAUGAUAGAGAAAUGUGGCCGCCAACUGAAUCUGAUACGGAAACUGAAUCUGAAGAUGACAAAUCUUAAU